AUGUCGACUUCUGACCAUCCUGAAACAGAUGGUCAAACAGAACGCGUCAACCGCGUUCUCGAAGAGAUACUUCGAGGAUAUGUCCACUCGUUUACGAGCUGGAGUGAGUUCUUGCCGAUGGAGGAAUUCGCCAUCAACAACUCGGUGCACGCGUCGACAACGGAUACACCGUUCUUCGUGAAUGGCCUAAGCCAUCCACGUUUACCCGCCUUCUUAGAGUGUGACUCUAGUUUAAGGGGGGGGUGGACUCGCUCGAACACAAACGGAUCUAGUUCUCGCUCCUCACCCGUCGAAAAUGGUGUCGACACGAUGGAUGCCGAUGGGAUCGAAAUCGAUGAAGACGAUGACGACGAUGCUGGCAUAUUCAGAAUCGCCAGUGACCACCAAAGUGAGGACGAUGAUACCCUCACUGGUGAAGACAACGUUCUUUCAGUAGUGCACACGAAGCGCACUGCUGUUGACAAGGAUGAAUCAGCAGAGGAAUUUCUGCUGACUCGCGAAGCGGUUGUCCGCUUCGUUCAAGACUGUAUUGCGGAUGCACUAGGUAGACAGAAGAAAAAAAGGCAGACAAAAAUGGAAGAGCAAACGUUCUUUCAUUUAACGAAGGGGGUUUAG